UUUAUUGCGAAGAAAGAAGAAGAAGAAAUUGCUACAGACACGAGCACCCACUUCCCAUCACCCAUUCACUCUCCCUCUCUCUCUCUCUCUCUCUCUCUCUCUCUCUACCUCGCUCAUGGCCUCCUCCUCCGUCUUUAGCCUCGCCCUCCUGGCCUCCCUCCUCCUCCUCCACUCCCUCCUCGCCGCCCACAGCCUCGCGGGAGCCCAAGCGGUGGCCGCCGACGAGGCGGGCCUGAAGAUGAUGACGUCCGACCCGACAAUGGAGUGGCCGGGCGCGGCGUCCCUGUACGACGGCUUCUUCGGCGACGGCGACGGCGAGGGGGUGGGGGAGGGGGAGGAGGAGGAGAUCGAGGGGGAGGCGGGCCGCCGGUCCCUGUUCUGGCACAGCAUCGUGAAGUUCUACAUUUCGUACGGGGCGCUGUCGGCAAACCGGGUGCCGUGCCCGCCCCGGUCGGGGAGGUCCUACUACACCCACAACUGCUUCAAGGCCAGGGGCCCCGUCCACCCCUACAACCGGGGCUGCUCCAGGAUCACCCUCUGCCGGCGAUGAAAGCCGGUGCCGGUGCCGGUCCGACCGCGGCAACAUUGUGUUCUCUUCUUUCUUUCGUUCGGGUUGUUUUGUUGUAUCGCUUAGUAGCGUGGAUGCUCUGUUUCUUGAUCUCGCCGGAGAAGUUGCUUAGCUGUUCCUGUCGCCGUCUGUCCUGCAGUAAGGUCGAUGCUGCUAACACGUGUGUAGAUUGUUGUUGUUGUUGUGGUGUUGGGACUUUGAGAUCUAGUUAAAAAAUAUCUGAAAAAUCGAUUCGUUGAGAA